AUGGAUUUUGGUAAUAAUAUGUAUGUAUGUGCAGAAUUAAGGCCUUUGGAACCAGCAGAGGUUUGCCUUAGGAAAAGAGCAUUACGAGACGCUGCAAUAUGUAUAGGGUGGCUAAAAUUUCUUUCAACUUUUUGCUACGCAGUCCUAUUAUUCUUAACAUGUUCUUAUAGUUAUGGUCCUGUGUCUAUGGUGCUGAAAGUAAUGAUCCUGAGUAUAAUACCACUACAAAUUAUCAAUGGAGUACUAUUAUUUUUCGGAGCUGUUGAGAGGAAGCCUAUAGGAUUACAGUUUGCCUUAUGGUUAAUACUCUUUCUGGCUGCACUCAAUACUAUACUUGGAUUGACUGGUGCUAUAUAUUUCAUCCGCAUGGGAUUCCUGGCCAUUCAUUUUUUUUUAUCUUUAAUUUAUGCUUUACUGGCCUUUUCUAUCUUCACUGUAAUGUGCCACGAUGUAAUAGUAAUCUAUACGUUCAAAACGAUGCUGGGGCCGCUACCACCAGAACUCGCCUGUGUUUCAGAUCUACCAGAUGAUGACAGAAAAGUUAGUUAUAUGCUAUGCCAAAAUAAACGAUAA